CUUAUGGCGUAAAUUUGUUAAUGAUUUUGGUUAGAGGGUGGUGUACAGUAAUUAAGUGACGAUUUUGAUGAAUGUAUAUUUUUAGCGUUGCGUUAAUGUUAAUGAGGUAUCAACAAGAAUUAAUGAGUGGAAGUAGCUAGUAGCUUGGUGGUCCUAAAUGAAGAAUAAUUCCCUUCUUUUUAUACCCUUAACAACAUAUUCGGUUCAAGGAAAUAUAAUCAUGAAUUAGGAGAACAAUGAUAAUAGCAACCUCAAUAAUUAGUACUAAUCUACCAACCACUAUUCCAUAUCAUAUCUCUCACAAGAACCUUGGCCCAUUGUUUCCUCUCCAACAGGCACUAACCAAACCCUACUCACUUAGCUUUACAUUAAUUAUAAGACAAUUACUUAAAGUUGCUAGAUGGCAAAAUAACAAUGGCUACAAAGUUCCCAAACUCAGAAGUUAAUAGUCCCCAUUCCAUCCUCCCACUUCCAAACAAAAGUGAUACAUUCAAAAACCAGCUAUUCGUUGGACAGGAAUUCUAAAUAACCAUAGCUGGCACCAGCUGCUCUGUUCUCUGACCUCCACAAACCUAAAACCCAUGCACGGCCCUUACCCCCGCGCCACCAUCACGCGUAUCUUCUUCACAUUUCACUUCUCAUCCCCCCAACCCUUCGUGUAUAUAUAGAAACCCAUCUCUUCAAUCCUUCUUCACAUCUCAAAACACAAACCAAAUAGAGAAACAGGGGAUACUUAAAUAGUAACAGAGAAUGGGCAGCUUUUCCUCUUCUUCCGGGCAAAAACUGGCCAUCUGUAUGGUGGAAUUGGCCGUGUUGAUGGGAGUAGCCUACGGUGGAAACUUCUACCAGGACUUCGAUUUGACGUGGGGAGGGCAGAGGGCCAAGAUAUUCGGCGGCGGCCAGAUGCUGUCUCUGUCUCUCGACAAGACCUCUGGCUCUGGGUUUGUGUCCAAAAAGGAGUACUUGUUCGGCCGGAUUGAUAUGCAGCUCAAGCUCGUCGCCGGCAACUCGGCUGGCACCGUCACUGCCUAUUAUUUGUCAUCUCAAGGCCCGACUCAUGAUGAAAUUGACUUCGAGUUUCUAGGAAAUGUGAGCGGAGAUCCUUAUAUAUUGCACACCAACGUGUUUACUCAAGGAAAAGGCAACAGAGAGCAACAAUUUUACCUCUGGUUCGAUCCCACCAGAAACUUCCACACCUACUCGAUCAUCUGGAAGCCUCAACACAUUACGUUCUUGGUGGACAACACUCCGAUCAGGGUAUUCAACAAUGCCGAGAACAGGGGAGUUCCGUUCCCAAAGAAUCAGGCGAUGAGGAUUUACUCGAGCUUGUGGAAUGCCGACGAUUGGGCGACGCGUGGAGGGUUGGUGAAGGCUGAUUGGUCCAAGGCUCCAUUCACUGCUUACUACAGGAAGUUCCAGGUCACCCCUGUUUCUUCUUCCCGAUCUCGUAGCAGCGGGGAGUUUGCGAAUGGAGACUGGCAAUCGAAUGCGUUGGAUGCGAAUGCCAGGAGGAGGCUGAGAUGGGUUCAGAAGAAUUUCAUGAUUUAUAAUUACUGUACUGAUCUGAAGCGAUUCCCGCAGGGCUUUCCUACCGAGUGUAAAUGAUUUGUGAUGAGUUUGGGGUUGAUUAUUUCUUUCUUUGCUUGUUCAUAUGUAAUCAGAGGGUUUAUUGUCUUUCCCCCCUUGUUUUCGCCUAGUGCUUUUGUAUCCAAAUUUAGUAUGCAAUGAAAAUUUCUAGAUUCUUUGUUGGAAGUUCGUGUUUGCUGAGUGUUUAUUAUUUUAGUUGAGGGAUUUUUAGUUUUUUUUAGUUUUGUAGACACCAGCUUUGCGUACAUUAUAGGGCUGGAAAAACAAACCAUGCUGUUAAGAAAUCAUUUAUCAAACAUAAUCAUACAAUUUAAUUCAGACCAUCAAUUGUUAAAAAUAUUUUAAUUUGGUUCACAAUUGUAAUUUGGUUUAUAAUUUGCUACAUAAUAAAGUUUUUUAUUUAUG